CACAAAUCAAACUCACCCAGCGCCCGGCGGAGACAGAAGGGAGGAUGAGGAGCGGGGAGGUGAACACGGACAGAAAGCCGCUAUUGGACUACAGCGGGCUUUAAUAGAGGACGUUUUUAACAGAGGAUGUGCGACGCGGUGAUCCGAAACGCUCGCUCGGUUUCCCGCAGAGGAGGGGAAUGAGAAGGCGCCUGGGCAGGACGGGAGAUGAGAUUCACACUGUUUCGGAGACCCUCUGAUCUCGGCUUGGGAGGUGUGCGGUACACGGGGCGCACAGCUCAAACCUAAACAGUGGAUCGUGGAAAAUUGUCUCUCUUGUUCUUUUUUUUGCCACCCCAAACCUUCUGGACAUUUGUGGGUCUCGGGAGGGGGAAAGGUGGUCUUCACUAUGAGGGCUGUUACAGCAAACUUAUUCGCUCUGCUGUUUCUGUGCGCCCUUGCAAGUGUUUUCUAUGUCUGGAGCGCAUUGGAGAGCCGUUUGGAGCGACACAAACGCAGGUUCUCAGGGUCCUUACACCAAGGUCUCCCAACGGACCUCUCCACAAAAACUUUCAGAGCAUUGCUCGCCGUGCCAGUGGCACAAAGACCGCGCUUGGGGGGCAGACUUGAGGCGCACAACCUCACUGAUCAAACCGUCUCUGCAGGAAGUCCAGAUUACCAUGUGAAUGGGGAUAACAAGAGGUCAGCGCGGCGGGAGGGCCCGGUCAAGUUGGGCUCCCUGGUGGAGGAUGGGAUCUUUUGGAGUGAAUGGCUUGAGGAGCUACUCCCCGAGCAAUUCACAGAGGAAUAUGCUCAGGCGUGGAGAGAGAGAGCCAGGGCACACCGGGUAGUGAAGCUGGAGCCCGGAUGCGGCAGGAUAUCGAACCAGCUCGCUACUUUUGCAGACGGGACCAAAGCGUGUGUGCGUUACGGAAUUAACGCGGAUCAGGUGCAAGGGGAAACUUUGACUUAUUACCUUGCCAGUUUGCUCGGCAUCACAAACCUGCCUCCUCUCAUACUGUCCCAGCUGAGCGGUGACAGCGAACAAUGGGAUGCUGUGAGGGCGCGGAUAGACGGUUUACAGUGGAGUGAUGGAGCCGUGGUUUCUCUCACUAAGUGGGUCUCCAACCUGACGGGGGUGGUCACACCUGCGCCGCUCAGACCGGAGAGCAACGGGCUGCAUCCUGUGCUGCUCGAGCUCCGGAACAAGACGACGGCGGAGCUGCUGGAGCUGAUGCAGUGGACCGACCUGAUCGUGUUGGACUACCUGACUGCGAACUUCGACAGGCUGGUCAGUAAUCUGUUCAGCCUGCAGUGGGACUCGCGCGUAAUGGAGAGGGACACGAACAACCUCCUCAAGACGCCGCGCGGUGACCUUCUGUUUAUAGACAACGAGGCCGGGCUGGUGCACGGGUUCCGGGUGUUGAACAUGUGGGAGAAAUAUCACAGCACAGUGCUGAGCUCGGUGUGUGUGUUCAGAAAAAGGACAACGCAGCGCGUGGCGGAGCUGCACAAGCGCAGAGACUCCAGGAAAAGGCUGCUGGAGCUCUACAGAGACAGCGAGCCUUUGUCCCUGGAACUGGGGUUUCUCUCAGACGAGCACGCCGCUGUUCUCCAGGACAGGAUAGACAGAUUAUACAAACACAUUUUGCAUUGCAGAGGGAAGUACAGCCAGCUGUGAAGGAUUUGUCGUCUGCACGGUGUAAUGAGCUCUGCGAAAAGCGAGUGGCACACCUGUGCUAAACUGAUGCGCAUUACAUUAAACUGUCUUGAAUAUCCAGCUGAACUACUACCUCUUGUGAAUAGAAUAUGUUGCCUACUUUAUAAAUAACUUAAUUUUACACAUGUUUAUAAGCUCCCUGAGUUUCCCACUGUACUCUCACAGAGAGGAAUGAUUGAGAAAGGUUCAUUUGAAAGAAUAGGCUAAAUUUGUGACUUGAGCUUUAUAACACAGUCCUUCGUGUGUGUUUGGGUUAUUGCCUUGUGUUCAGUUAUUCUUACGAUACAAUUCUAAGCCUUAACAUAAUUUAACUGUAUUUGUUGUUAACCAUCUUGGUGCGCUUUUUCAAGAAAUCUUUUGCACAUAUACAUUGACUUGGCAGCACCUGCACUCUUGUUUUUUGAAUUGCAUAUUAAGCCUUAAAAUCACAGGUGUAUCAUAUACAUUGUAUAUGUUGUAAGUAUGUUGUAAAUACUGUCCACCAAACUGAUUUUUUUAAUUUGAUGUUUCACUUAUUUAAUGUGCAUUGUAACAUUCCAAAAUCUCUCGUCCUUUUUGAUAUAAAAAAAACACUUUAAUUUAA